UAUAGCAGCAUAGCAUCGCGACUAUUAUGCUAUGCCGAUCGAUUUGCUUUGUUGCAGCGUAUGUAGCAUACAUGCAUGCAUGUAGAUCGAUGUAGGAGGUGGAGGAGGUUUUAAUUAGACCCAUGUUGCGACAAAGCCUUUCCUUGUCCCUCCCUCUCUAUAAAUACCAUCAACCAUAGAAUGCCUGGUUCGAAGCAACACAUACAGAUCGACCUAAGUAAGCAGGGAUCGAUCUAGCUGAGGAGAGCUAGACGCUGGUCAUCACCUAGCUUGAAUUAACAAGGGUGUGCGUAGUAAGAAGCGAGCGAAGGGAUCAUCAUGUCUUGGAGCGACAGUGAGAACGCGGUGUUCGAGCGCGCGCUGGCCACGUACGACCGGGACACGCCCAGGCGGUGGGAGCUCGUGGCCGCCGCGGUGGGCGGCGGGAAGACCGCCGAGGACGCGAGGCGCCACUACGCCCACCUCGUCAAUGACGUCGGCGACAUCGAGUCCGGCGGCUACGGCAACGACCCCAACCCCAACCCCAACGCCGCCGCCCGCAACGGCAACAACGGGAACAACAACAGGGGCAGAGCCAACAGGCCCCAGAGAUGAGGGCUUAGCUGCAGCACGCGGCGCGCGCGUGCAACGAUUGCUCGUCAUGUACGUACACGUGAGUCCUGAGAUAUGUGUGUGUUCGUGUGCCUGUGUGUAAUUAUGGAUAUAUAGGCAUGCAUGCAAGUGUGCAAAGUAUGUGGUGUUGCGCAGAAUUAAGAGCUUUUCUGUUCAGUGUGUGAGUGCGAGGAGCACGGGCGCAUAGCCUGCUAGUAGCUUGGCUCCUGAUGACAUGUAAAAAAAGGGAUGCAGUAGUAGUGCUCCUCGAUCAUCGUCCUAUGCGUAUUGCACUACAUGUAAAGCCUGCUCCUUAAUUUGGCCUUGUAAUGUUUGAUGCUCAUAAUCAAUCAGCUAUAUGAUUUGCAAUUGUC